UUGGCGCACACGAGUAUGACGUCACGUGCUCGGACCGAGCCGUGACCUGCUGCUCCGGCUAUGCUAAGGGUCCCCGCCGACAGAUGUUCCGCACAAACCGCAGCGAAUGCCCGUCGUUUGUGAAAUGUAACGCGCUGAACGACAACUGGUUAGCGGCCGUAGAAGGUAACCGGCAGCGGUUCCGACGCGUGGGGAUCGGUAUUUAGCGCCAACGUUUAUCGAAAGUGGGAAAGCAACCGAAGCUCCGUGGUUUGCAACUGACGGACUUUGUCACUAAAUCAACCCGGUCGAGAACGAGUAACCACUGCUAUAACCGCAGCCCGAGUGACGUCAUCAUGGACCCCUGACGUCUUCGGGGCUCCAGCGGCUCCCCCCCGCCGGGUCGCUCGUGGGUCGUCGGUCACUUUGUUCACGCUACAACUUGGCCGACCUCCCGAGAAGAGGGAGCAAGCAGAUGGGGAACAUCUGCUGUCCCCCUGCGAGUCCCUGUGGCAGCGCGGAGGAAAGAAGCGGUUUGCUGAAGGACGACGUCUCCAAGGCCGCGGGUCCCACGUGUGAAGCCGUUGUUGUGUUGGGCACCUGUUGCCAUGGAGCGGAUGAUGACAUCAGAAAACCGCCCGACGAGGCGGCUAUAAAGGUGAAGGAGGCUGCGCAAGUGAAGCAGAGCCCUGAGAUGGCAGAGGCGGAGCCCAAUAACACUCCGGAGAACGGACCCUCGCAGACGGAGGUCAUGCAAACGGAGGUCAUGCAAACGGCAACGCCUUCUCCCUGCAAAGGGUCUGAGCUCAAAGAAAACGCCGCCGCGGUACGAGAUGAAGACGCGAAGGACCGUCCUGCAGGAGCUGGUGGACACGCGGAACUCACGCAAUGCGCUUUAGAGUCUCUGCAGGAAGAACGCGCCGCGGCCGAUCCAGAGGUUGUCACACCGACAAAUGCCAAAACAGAAUUAGAAAAUCCGGCCUUGGAGAACGACAAAAUCCCUGGCAGGGGCUCGCCAACAGCAGAGGAAGUUUGCCCCGAAAACCUCGCCGAGACGAACGCGACGAGAGAGAACUUUCCAGUGGACGAGCCUCACAGCAAUGAUGAUAACGAAGAAGAAGGAUCCAAAGUCCUGAUUGAAAACACUGUGGCCGAGCCUUCAGGGGAGUUCUCUCAAAACAACAAAGGGAUCUCUGUGCCGAACCCUCGGCUCCCCGCAGCAGCUGGUCAGACAGCGUCCUCUUCGGUGGACAGUCGGGAGAAGGACAGAGCGUCCCCGAUCCGUCCCGUGACCGAGGACUCAGAGGACCGCCCUUCUCCGCUGAGUCCUGAAGUCAUAAAAAGCGACUGUGAGUCUUUUCCCGGAUCAAAGCCCGCGGUGCUGAACCACAGCGGCGAGGAACGUGGCUCCGCCCACUGCGCCCCGGAGCCAGAGGCCGCAGCUCCAGCGGACGCCAGCGAGAGCUCAAAGUCUGAUCCAGAUGCACAGCCAGAUGUUGAGCGCACGCCAACAAGCUCAAAGGAGGUCACUUCCUCCACUGAGGAGGAGGAGGUGGGGAAAGGGCAGGAGAAAAAAGAAGAUGGCCUCAAAGUGGAGGAGGAGGAUGAGAUUAAGGAGGAGGAAAGGACCGGAGGAGAUGCUGACCUUCAGGAGGUGCCGGGAGGAGAGGAGCAGCGGACAGUGAGCACGUGCCCCGAUGUGGAGACUCCCCUCAGGGAGGAGGAAGAGGAGGAGGAGGAGGAUGUCUCUGAUGAAGAAGGCACAGGGAACAGUGAAGAAGACCUUUACAGAGGAGCUGAGGAGCAGUCGGCUCCACAAAACAAUGAACCAGAAACUACAGUUGAAAAGGUGGAGGACAGAGGCAGUGUGGGUCCGGUGGUGGAGACUCUGUGUUACAGCGAGAGAGAGUGGAAGGGAAACACCGCCAAAAGCGCUCUCAUUAGGAAGGGCUACAAAGAGAUGUCCCAGAGGUUCGGCGGCGUGAGGAGAGUGAGGGGUGAUAACUACUGCGCCCUCAGGGCCACCCUGUACCAGGUGCUCUCCCACAGCACCCGGAUGCCCGCAUGGCUGCAGGACCGGGGCGUGAACAUGCUGUGGAAGCAACUGGAGGCCCAGGAAGGACUCUUCAGCCAGUGGACAUUUCCUGCAGAGUGCCUCCAGGGAGACGGGACGGGAGAUGCCAGCCUGCAGCUAAAAGGCUACGUGGAGCUUCUCCGAAAUAAGUGGCGAGCCGUGGUGGACGGCCCCUCCGCCGCGGAGCGCCGGCAGCUCUGCGAGCGGCUGUUUCAGGGCGGGGAAGAGGAGCUGGGGCUGCUGGAGGCGCUCAAGCUGCUGAUGCUGGGCCGAGCGGUGGAGCUGCACGGCUGCAUGACGGGCGGCGGCGACGUGCCGCUCUUCUGCUGGCUGCUGUUCGCCCGCGACUCGUCCGGCUGCCCGCGCUCCUUCCUCUCCAACCACCUCAGCCACGUGGGCCUCGGCGCCGGUCUGGAGCAGGUGGAGAUGUUCCUGCUCGGCUACGCCUUGCAGUGCACCAUUCAAGUUUACAGGCUGUACAAGGCCGGCACGGAGGAGUUCGUCACGUACUACCCGGACGACCACAAGGACGACUGGCCGCCCGUGUGCCUCGUCACCGAGGACGACCGCCACUACAACGUGCCGGUUGCAGACGCCGCGGGAGAGACGCGCGAGCCGCACGGCGCCAGCUGAUCGCCGCCAUACAAACGCAAAAACACUCCUCAGGUCAAAGUGAAUUCUUUCACGCCGUUUGAAGGGAUGUUGGGACAUUCGCUUUCUCGCUGAGGGUUCGAUGAGAAGAUCACCACCAGUCUGUGCGUUUAGCUUAGCACAGCUAGCCGGAAGGACUGUUUCCAGUCUUACUGGUGAGCUCGAGUUGGACUGGUUUUGAGCUUCUUAUUUAACUCACGGCAAGAAAUCAGAGAAGCAAAACUCCCAAAAAUGUUUCUCUAUUCCUUUAGAAAAUAUAUGCUGAUUUGAGACCCUGUACAAGAUGCGCUUUACACGCCUUUGUACACACUGUACUGUAUGCAGAGUUUUCUAUGUGGGUACAUGCUGUAUGUGUGCAUCGGACAUCGCAGCGUGAUCUCAGUUAAGUCCAAAUGAACUAGCAGGGCCUCAUUUUGACUGGAAAAAAAAAAAAAGAUCCCUUCUGGGGAAACUUGUUUCACAUUCUCUCUGUGAAGUUCUGAUCAAAAACACGAUGGAGCAGCAAACUGCGGCAAAAUGAUUAGAUGUUGGUGUUUACACUGGGAUUUGGGGAAUUUAUUUGUGUACUAAUUUAUGAUUUUUUUUCAUUUUGUGGAAAACAAAUGUGUUAUGAAUCAAGUGAAUUCGUCAUUGACGGUUGGGUGAUUUAUCUGGUUUAACCGCCCCCCCCCGCCUGACCGGAGGGCGAUUUAUCACAGGCUCUGCGUCAGAGGUGUGAUGUUUUUGUGUGAGUCAAACUAAAUGUGUAACAUGUUGCCUUUAACCAAGCCGCUCUGAAGGCAGAAACGUGCCAAUCUUGCUGCAAAUACCGGCAACAGUUCCAGCCACUGGAUUCAGUAGUGAACGCUCGCUUGGUCCUCCAUGUUGCCUUAGAAAUAAUGCACAAUAAGAAUGAAUGUUGGCUAUUGGCAACAAUAGGCCAGAUUCUCGCCCUAAACCCAAGGCGAUAGAACAUGGCUUGUGGCAUUUGAUGUUUUGGAUAAAAAUGGAAGUACAAUUUUUGUAAAAAAAAAAAGAAGAAAGCCUAUUUGAUUUGUAUCAGCUUGUAUUAGUUUUAUCAGAGCUAUUAAGAUGCAGUUGAACUGAAGUAUGCUACAGAAAAUAACACAUCGGGUCUCCGGCUCUGUAAACAGUGGUUGAAUACAGUGGAUUUUACUAAGCUCUAAA